AUGAAUUAUUCCCCCACUAUAAGCGCCAAUAACAUUGACAUCGACAUGCAGCAUCCUGAGUUUCAGCAAGAAGACGUACAAACGUCUCAUGACGCAGAUUUAUUUGGUGACGAUGAAGACGAUGAUAAGGGUCCUGGCGACUUCAUGGAUGUUCUCAGUCAGCCUCCCACCAGUGUACCGCAAUUCGACAUCAGUCAGCCUCCCACCAGUGUACCGCGACUCGAAAAGAGGGCCAGAGAGGAAGUGAUAUCUGGGAAGCGUCGCAUUCAGGAAGUCAACUAUUCACAGGUACUUCGCCAGACUGUGUAUGAACAACAAGAACGUAUUAACAACAUUAUAGAGGAAACUGAAGUGAUACGCCGAGAAGCUCAAGACCACAUUGAGGAGCAACGACGUCUUGCAGAAGAAGAGCAUGAGCGCCACACAUGCGAUUUCAACGAGCGAUGGGAAAAGGCUCUGAGAGAGCGAGAGCGGGAAAAGCAAGAAAUUCACACAUGGCAAGAGCAGCAGCAAGCACUGCUGAGGAAAAACGUUGCUGAAGAACUAGCACAGCAUGAAGCAAAAAUAAGUGCAAAAAAAGACCGAGAGUUGGCUGAAGAACUGGCACGACACAACGCAGAUUUAGAUACAAGAAAAAAUCAAGAGCUAGAAGAACGCGAGAGAGCCAUUUUUGCCGAAAUGGAGCGAAGGCUACAACUAGAAAUAGAAAAAAUGAGGGUAGAAAAAGAGAACGAGCUCGCUAACAUGGAGCAGCGCUUUGCAAGACACGGUAGGCAACAGCAUGUGGCCACGGAAAUCGGCACAGACCCCACCCGAAGGAACGCUCAACAGCCACCCCACACGCCCCAGAAACCACAGCUCAAGACUCCGUGCCUCGAGACGAUCAAAAAGAUCAGGAAGGCGCGUGGAACAACACGCAAGAUGCGUCUGGUAUCUGUAGUAGAGGACGCUGACGAGCCUAUGGAAACACAUCGAGAAUGA